AUGACUGUAGACAUUACACUCAUCAAAACAAAGUCUCAACAGGUUAUGAGCCCUGCAAGCGCUUCUUGGGCAACCAACUUAUUUCACGAUGAUGAUAAGCUUAUGUCAGCGGUAAAUUUCAUGCGUUGGAAAACAAAAUUCACGAAUACUUUAAAUUCAUUUGAACCAUCAGUUGUUGACUAUAUUCGAACUGGUACUAUACCUUUUUCCCUCGAACAAUGUGGAGGUAAUGAACAAGUCAUUGAAAUUCAAACUGCUUAUGACCAACUCCUGUUAUUCUGGGUACACAUCUCAGUGUCACAGCCAGUAAAGAAUCGGAUAAAUCAGGAUCAAACUGGUUAUCAAAUAUAUCAUCUUCUGAUCAAAAAUUAUGGACACAUGUCCUUUAGACAGUUGUACAAAGAGUACUGUUCAAUUAACUCGUCAGAUGGACAAGGGCCUAUGGAAUGGGGAGCAAAAUGUGUCAAUCUACUUCAAUGGAAUCAAGAUCCAGCAGUAUGGUUA